UAUGUGUAUUUUUUUGAGCGUAACAAUGUGAGGUCGACGUCAAGAAGGCUGAGCAGAAAAAAAAGUCUGCAUAAUGGUGUCCAUAAUCAAAAACCAACUCCUGAAGCACUUAUCAAGGUUCACCAAAAACUUAUCAGCAGACAAAAUCAAUCUUAGUACUUUCAAAGGUGAAGGUGAGCUGUCCAACUUGGAACUUGAUGAAACUGUGCUAACAGAGUUAUUAGAACUACCAUCAUGGCUGAGGCUUACCAGUGCAUGGUGUAAUCGUGUCUCUUUUCGCAUUCAGUGGACGAAGCUGAAAAGUGUACCAAUAUUUCUGAGCUUGGAUGAAGUAUACAUAGAAGUGGAGACAUGUGAAGAGUUGCGUUCAAUGUCCACGCAGCUAGGUCUGUCAUCAUAUAGUGGUAAUGCAAAGUACAGUUUUAUCAACAAGGUGAUUGAUGGCAUGACAGUUUCAGUCAAUACUGUACAGGUUACUUUCAAGAGUCCAGCAUUCAUAGCUUCAGUUCAGAUGCAACGUAUUAUGGUAGAAUCCAAGUCACCGUCCUGGCAACGCUGUGAUUUGCGGAUGACAAGACUGAAGGAACCAGACCGUGGACAGUUGCUGAUAUUCAAGGAACUUGAAUGGCAGACAGUGAGGAUAGAAGCCAGGUCCACAAAGGACAAAGAACUUACUCCACUUCGGUUGCUUACCAAUCAAGCUCGAUGCAGGAUUACCAUUAAAAAGAGAAUAGCAGAUUGUUUUGUCAUGGGUUCACGCCUCGUAUUGAUCUUGGAUGAUCUUUUAUGGGUAUUGACAGACUCACAGUUAAAGGCUGCUCUUCAUUUUCUUGAUUCCUUGACUGGUCUGGUGCAGAAAGCAACAGAAUUAACGAGGAUAAAGAAAGCAGCUAGAAAAUUAGAGGUGUUACCUGAGUACCAGGCUCAGAUCUCUCAACAAGCCCGUUCCAAAGAACUAAAAAGCGCUAUAUCACGGAUAUUCAGCCGGUAUGAUGUUGUGGAGACUUCAUAUCAUUUUCUGUCACAGCGUAUAGACCUUCACCUAUGUGAUGACCCUGGAGAUGGGAGAUCAGUUCAUCCAGACCUAAAAGGUGGAGGUGCACUUCAAAUUAGCUUGCAGCAUUUUCAGGUGGAUUACUACCCCUAUCACCUGGCUAUUGGAGAUAGAAAACACUGGCCCAAAUAUCGGGAAGGAGCAUCACCACAUGCACAGUGGUUAGAUCAGGCACUAGCUGCAUUUCGUAACAGUUUUCUUGAUGUAAUUGACCAAGGUCGGGUGCAGCAUACGCCUCUGGUCCGUACUCAGGCUCCUGCUCAUGUUGCUCAGCAAGGACCUAGCAAGACUGCCACGGCCGGUGACAAUGCUCAGCAGCAGCCACUGCAGCAGCAAGCUCAGGAAUCACAGAAGAAGGGCUCAGCAGGAACACAUGGUAGCACUGGUAACCCUGUGAAAAAUUAUGUCCUCACACAAUUGGCCAAGCUGAUGACAACUUGUGUAGUACUCAGGAUACAGGAUUUCACCCUCUACCAAGUAACGACAUCACAACGCAAGCAGACACCAAAAGAAUUUAUAGCAGCUCAGCAUAAGAGGAAGACUAAAGUUGGUCCAGGCGAUCGGGACCGCUAUUCUAUGCCAGAGGAACUUUGCAUUCUGCAUGCAGAGUUCACAUAUUACUACUACCCAGGCGAUAUCCCAUUCCCACUGCCUUCCCCAAAGUUCUACGUGCAAGUGAACCCAAUUCAGAUUCACUUUGACCUGUGCAGCUGUCUGUGGCUCAGCUCGUUUGCUCUGAAUCUGCAUCAGUCGUUGUUAUCCUCCAGCCCCGACCGACAGCAGGCUGCUGCGGCAUUAAUGCAUAUGGAUGUCAAGCUUGAAGCCAUCAUGCCAAGAGUCAUAUUUGAGAGCUCUGCAGAUCAUCCAAAUCAACGAGAUCGUCCAAAAUCCCUUCACUUUCAAGUGUCGCGUGCCUCAGUAACUAAUGUGCGCAGCAUGGAACAUAGCUCCAGGGCAGACCUAGCCAAAUGUAUAGAUACCUACCAACUGGGCUCUCUCUUCUAUGGAGCAGAUUUUCCUGCUUUGCCAGAUGAUUACCAUGUGGUAACAGAGAAGUUCCUGAGACAUGUUGCUGGCACGGAUAAUGUCCGUUCGUCUCCUCCUCCCCACUUUGCUGCAUCUUCUGUGUUGGAACUGGAACGCAUGUUGAGCCGUGAACUUCUGUGGACGGAAGCAAAAGAUGUGUGGUGUGUGAACUUAGAGCCUGUGUGGGGUGAUUUCUUUGGGGCAUCUGCUGUUGGGAGUACUCGCCCUGUUCCAUUUCUUGAUGCCUUUCCUCUCACACUGUGGAUCUAUAUCAAAAUGCCUUUACCUUCUUCCCUGAAUGGUGCUAUUUCUACACUGAGGAAAGAUCAUCGUUCCAUUCCUUCAUCACACAACAUUCCUCCAACUCAGUCUUCUGUAAGUUCUUCCCUAAGCAGUAGUAGCAUUCGGACAGCUGUUAGAGUAGGUGUUGAUAAAACUGGAAUAUACCAUCAGGGUUUUGAAGCUAGUGAAAUAAGUAGUGAUGUUACCAAUGGAAGAAAAACAGAUUGUUCGUCUUUCAAUCAUAUUGCCUCACGGGGCUUCCAGGAUGUUUCCAAAGUAAAUGUGAUAACACAGCCAACAUCUGAUACCUCAAGAACUUGUGCUGGGAAUCAAGAGAAUGUGAAGACUGCAGACAUACAUAUGUUGGCCUAUGUAUCAAACCUGGUCAGCAUUCAGAUUAAUCACUAUCAAUUCCUGUUCCUAUUGCGGCUAUCAGAGGAGGCUGCAGAACUGGCAACAUUCCUAGCAUUGGAUUCAAAUCGUAUCUUGAAGCAAGAACUUGGCGGUUCACUAGUCAUGGGUGCAUUAAUACCACAGUUAGAAGCGACUUUUGUAAUGCCUUCACAGUCUCCCGGCAAGGAGUGUUCAGGUGGGGAUCUGGAGUCCGUCCUGCCAGAUUCCGCAAGCAUUCCAGAGGAGCUCAUGGGUGUCAACAACAAUUUGGCUGCUAGUAGUAUUAGUGUUCUGCAAAGUGGGGUAGGGGGAGGCAAAAGGGUGACUGUGGGAGGAGUGAGUACACCAGUGAGUGAACUUUCAUCUUUGUCAAUGGACUUCCCACCCCAUGAAGUUACAUGUUCCACAGUUACAGCCACUACCAACAUUACUGCUUCCACCACAGCCAAUAUCGGUUAUACGAAACCGGCUGCAAAUGGGCCCCACCCUGUCACUGCCUUUCCCAACAUCAGUAUUCCAAAUAAUCUGAAUGCAGGGAUAAGCUCCAUGAAAAAGGGGUUCAGCAGUCUCAUGACUUCGAUAGAUUCAGCACUGAAACCGAGUCCAGAUGAUGCCAGCGACACGGUUUCUCUGAGAAGUGAUGCAUCAUCAGAUAGUGAGAAUUAUGUCGUUGUGAACAUGGGUGGAGAUUCGGGUGCAGCAGAUAAGCUUGUGUUCGAAUGCAUGGAUGCCAUGUUCAGAGUUGAUCCUAGUAGCAGUCAUGGAGAGACACCUCUGCCUCAGCAGUUAGAGGUUGCAAGUGAGGUAGUGCCUGAGGAAGAAGAUGCAACAGCUACCACCACAACACCCAGUGAACAUUCAGUUGAUAGUUCUUGCAAGAGAAAGGACCUUGUGUCCAUGACCACUUUCAAACUGGGGAAAGUGGAAUUCGUUCAGCAGUCACAAGGAUUUUCUUCUGCUAUAAAGGUGCAGGUGUCAAGUCUCACAUCUGAGGAAUGUGGGGCUAUUCCUUGGGAUGAGUUUCAGGCCAGGGUCAAGAGCAAGUUCAGUUGUCGUUCCCGUGCUUGGAUGGAAGUUCCUAUGGAUGCUACUGGACAUCCACGUGCUCGGAUACGUCUGAACCAUACAGUGAAUCCAGGCGAGAUUGUUGACAGAUCAAGCUUCAAGGAAUGGUGUAAAGAUCACAUGGAAAUUAAGGUCAAUGACUUAAGUUUGGACCUCAGUAUGAGCACUGUGGCAGGUCUGGCUGAUCUGGUUGAGGAUGAAGUGAUUCCUCAACCAUUUCCCAUGCAA